AUGAAGAGACAUUCCUUCCUGGCCCUUCCGGCCCUACUGCGCACGACUCUCCUCGCAGCAGCCUCGCAAACGACAUUCAGCGUCCAGGACGACCUGUUAGCAUUCCCGCAGUACGAUGUAAAGUUCGAAGAGGAAGACUAUGUGCUCGAAGCCCAAGCACGGGUACGGCUGCACAGCAGCGAAGAGCACGCCCGAGAAGAGGCAGGAAACGCGCCGCCCUCCCAGAUAGAACACUAUCGACCCGCGGACAGUCGACAACGCAACAAUGACCCGGAUGGAGGCGAGAAGCUCGAGUAUGAGUACAUGUACCUCGAUGGCCAGCCGUACAUGUGCAGUAUCCCGCAAGUCAGCAAGCGCUCGGACGCCGCCAAUGCUGCUAAUGAUACGGUCUCGAAGGCAGAGGAGGAGCGCGAGCUAGCAAGAGCAAACGAGCGUGGAUGGGAGUUGCUGUCAGGCAUGCAGGGAAAUUGCGUGUACUUCAUCAGCGGGUGGUGGAGCUACAAGUUUUGCUACAAUGAUGGCGUACGGCAGUUCCAUCAGCUGCCGCCUAGUCGAGGGGUGCCUGUCUACCCGCCUGUGGAGGAUCCGGGGGUGGAAGGAUACACGCUUGGCAUGUACAGCGGAGAGAAUAAGCAGGCAGAGACCGGGACGGACGUUGGGAAGGCCAGCAAGGUACCGGCUACCGGCGAGCUGGUGCAGCGGGGCGAGAGCAGAUACCUGGUCCAGCGUCUUUCGGGAGGCACGAAGUGUGAUCUUACCGGCAAAGACAGGAGGGUCGAAGUGCAGUUCCAUUGCAAUACGCAGCCGCCUACGGAUCGGAUAUCACUCAUCAAGGAGACGAGCACUUGUGCCUAUCUCAUGGUGAUACAGACGCCUCGUCUCUGCAACGACGUCGCUUUCCUGCCACCGCAGAAGGACAGCCCGAACUCGAUAUCUUGCACGCCUAUCCUGGACGAGUCACAGGUGGACGACUACAAACGCGACACGGCUGCUCUCAAAGCUGCAGAGAAGGAAGCGCGUAUUUGGGAGUCUCACGUCGAUGCGGCAAAGGUCUUCCUUGGCAGUACGGGAGACUUCCAGCUUGUCGGUGACACCAUCGUUGGUGGCCACAACAUCGUGCCUGAGGACGUGAAGAUCGAGAAGUCGGCCAUUGUGGGAGGUGGCAAGGAGACUUACAUUGAUACGGUGGCGUCUUCAGAUGGAAAGGUUCUCUCCAAGGAAGCCAUCGAGAAACUUGGGCUUGGCGAUGCGAAGAGUGUUGAGAAGUUGCGGAAGAAGCUGGAGGAGAUCGCAAAGGGCCAGGAAUGGAAACUGGACGUCAUUGAUACGCCUCAAGGAAGAGAGUAUAGAGGUAUCAUUGGAGAUGGACGGGACGAGAAGGAGGAUGAGAAGCAAGGCAAGGACGAGAAAUCCCAGGGUGAGGGCGAGGAGCAGGAGCAAGAGCAAGAAGGCAGCAAGGAGGAGUAUUACAAGGAAGAAUUGUAG